AGCAGGGAGCAUAUAUAUCGAGAGGCUUCUCGUUGCCUUCACCAGCAUCUGUGUCUCCAUCGCCACCCUUCCCUCUUUCCAACCUUUAGAGACUCCGUUGCAUCUUGCCUCUGCCGUGCUGCUGACCUGGAGUCGCUGCACACCAAGCCAAUCACUGCUUUCGCAAACCGAUCCUCGAUCUGUGCAUCUUCACGUGUGCAAUCCUCACAGCGCGAACUUUUUGAGAGCAAUUCUCAUCGGCCACGAUCAUAGCGAAGAUGUCUUCCUCGCCCAACCAGCACCACCGUAACCUCGUCGGCACCAAGAUCGCCUCGGGCCGUCUUGAACUCCUCUCGAUCCUCGGACUCGGCGCAUACGGUGUUGUUUACCUCGCCCGUGAUCUGCAACAUCCUCUGCAGCAAGGUCCUUUCCCAAGCACUUCCUCGGGCCAAAACCAUCCUGCUGCAGCCUUGCUCGCCAGUGGCAAUGGUGCCGCCACAGGCUUCUACGCUGUCAAGUGCCUCAAUCGCACGGGCCUCGAUGCACGGCAGAAGUCCUUCCAGCGGCGUGAGAUCGCGCUGCACACCAUGGCAUGCAAGCAUCCGGGUGUUGUCAGUCUUUACCAGGUGCUAGAUGACCCUCUGUGCAUCUAUGUCGUCAUGGACUAUUGCCCUGACGGCGACCUGUUCAGCAUGAUCACUGAACACCAGCGCUACGCUCUCUCCGUGCCACGGACUCCCAAGUUCGUCGACGGCAACGGUAUUACCCGUUAUGCUGACGAGGAAUUUUCCUACGUCCAAGCGCGCCAUGACAUGGAUCAGCUCGUCAAGAGCGUCUUUGACCAGAUCAUCGAUGCUGUCGAAUAUUGUCAUCGUCUAGGCAUCUACCACCGAGACCUCAAGCCAGAGAACAUCCUUUGUCUGGAAAACGGAGCUCGGGUCGUACUUGCCGACUUUGGCCUGGCGACGGCCGACAAGUUCAGCAGCGACUUUGGCUGUGGGAGCACGUUUUACAUGGGCCCAGAGUGCCAAGGUGGCAUCACUACGCGGUUGCGGAAUUACAGCACGGCUGCAAACGAUGUCUGGUCGCUCGGCGUCAUCCUCGUCAACCUCGUCUGCGGCCGCAACCCCUGGAAGCAGGCGUGCGCAGGCGAUGAGACAUUUUGCGAGUACCUUCGCAAUCCGGAUUUCCUCAAGGAGAUCCUUCCCAUCUCGGACUCGCUCAAUGCUGUCCUCAAGCGUGUCUUUUCACCGUUCGCCGAGAAGAGGUGCACCUUGCAGGAGCUGAGGCAGCUCGUCAAGGACAUCCCUCGCUUCACUGCCACCACCUUCGAACUUAAGCAACGGCAAGAAGCAGUACGACUGGCAGCUGCCAAGGCACACGCUACCCACGCCGCGCUUAACCAGCAGGCUCAAGCACAGGCUAAGGCACAGACACAGGCUCAAGCUCAAGCACAGGCUCAAGCACAGGCUCAAGCACAGGCUCAAGCACAGGCUCAAGCACAGCAGCAAUAUCAGGCAGCUGCGACUUCCGCUAUCGUGCAUCAGAACUACGCUCCGUCACCGCCACGACGCAACGUCAAGCAGUCGAGAGCGCAGGAGACGGACUACCACGCAGCGCGGAUAGCAAAUUGGGAAGCAGCUGGCGAGCGUGCCCGCGCGGAGAAGCACGAAGAGUCCAGGCAAUCGACACCGACGCUUCCACGAGCAACAGAUAUGCCACCGUCUCCCGAAGACACGAUGGGGAGUGACGGAGCGAGCUCGGAGUAUGAUGAUGACGAGUCCAGCGAGCAAUGGAGUAGUGGUGUAGAAGAGGAUCCAGCUACAGUCGCCACCGCUGAGAAUGCACUGUCGUCCUCGUCAGGCUCGCCGUCGUCGCCAGCGACAGACUUUAGCGGAGGCGCUCAAGUCGACUGGUCUCAGCAUCCGAUCGCAGCUACACCUGCAAGGGUCCGACGUUCGAUUAUCUCGGAUUCUUCUGCCUCUGAUGGCCAACAUGCCCCGUCGAGACCUCUGCACGAUGACACGCUGCAGUCCCCCGACAUGUCAGACGAGGGCAUGACUCCCGAUAGCGCCUCAAGUCGCAGUGGGUCUGGAGAGUCUCGCCGGAGCUCGGUGUCGUACACUGGUCUACCGCCUACACCCCGCUUUGCUCCUGAGCAGCCUCUGCACAGUGAUGGCGGCGACAAGGCAUCAUCUGGCAAGCCCGUCACUGCUCUACCUCAGCUCGCCUUUGUCGACGCCCUCAGCACCUCCAGAACGCCGCACAUUGCGCAUGCCGAAGAAGUCUCAUGCAUCUCCCCCGCUGACGGCGCCAAGAAAGGUGCAAUCAACAUCAAUCCUCAGUCCAAGAGCUCGGCGCUGAACUCCGGCAACCCGCAUUCUCGCUGGGUGCGCCGUGGACUAGAGGAGAUGCGACUUGAUUCCUCGCAAGCCUCUCGCGCCUCGCGACCGUAUAUUGGCGCCGGUUCUAGCAGCGAGCUCAGCAGUAGCGAUGAUGAAGGCGCCGCAGGACGCAGCGAGAGCAUUGUGUCACAAAACUAUACAUUCUCAUUUGAGGACUGCAGCAUUAGCGCCGCCACUCCGCACGAGCCGGCCCAGCAACAGCAGGCAUCUUCACCGCAGCACGGACGCCUCCCUUCGCUGCAAGCUCGCAGGGCCAAGCUGACUUCGCCGCUGCACAUCGGCAAGCUUGGCUUCAAUCCCGAGACCUUCCUCCAGCACCGUCGUCUAACUCGCGCAGCUGGUGCCAGCGCCGGCACAAAGUAACCAAUAUUUUCCAACUCAUCUUUAUUCUCUUUGACUAUAUUCCUUUACAUGCAUGUCGCCAGCGUCAGGAUGUUUCCU